UUGAUUUUAGAAUGGACGUUUAAUGGCCAGUCAAGAAGUAUGAUCGAGAGUGAAAGCUCAAAUCUUCACACAACGUUUCGUGCAACGGAACUCGACACACAACAUGGGAGCCAAUCAGAGCGAGAUCGGGUCCGGCAAGUCUGACUCUGGCAAGGCAGACAUAGUCAGGAGGAUUAAGGCCAGACUCGCGUCGGUAGACAAAAGCAAGGCGCAGGCGCUGGGUGGAGUGUUCUUGUUCAACAUUAUUAAGGGCACCAGUGUAUAUAGCUGGACUCUGGACCUCAACAACGUGUCCGUCUACGAAGGCGAGCCCGAAGACGACCCUGACUCCACCUUCACCCUCACAGAAGCCAACUUCAAGACCCUGGUCAUGGGCAAGGAGGACGCGCGCCACGUUGUUCAGUCCGGUCGGUGCUCUGUCACUGGCGAUGUCAUGCGGGCGAUGCAACUUGAACCGUAUAUUAAGUUAGAAUAGAGCGCUUUUUGGCACGUACAAAACCUAUAGUACCUAAGUUCAGAGAGAAGUCCAGUUGAGUGCUUAAUGAUCACUGGCAAAUUGAUCCUAGCCAGCCAGGGCUUAAUGCUGCGGCCACAACAUAUGGGGAAUCAGCGAAUAUUCGUGAUGCCGCUUCCUUCUGCUCCUUCAUUUCUCUUGGUUAGCGAGAGCUAGACGCCAUCACGAAUAUUCGCCGAAUCCCGAUAUGUGUAGCCCUUAUGGCUCCUCUGCACGAUGGGUCAGCGCCGGCCA